AGUAUCUUCGCGUGUCUCGUUAGAGUCAGUAAUAACAUCGAGUGUUUUAAAAUACAAGUGUAUAUUCUACAUGAGAAUAAUUGCGCGAAUAAAAGUGACAAAUAAAUAGGAUAUUUCAUUGCUUCACCUAUUAAACUGUCAAAUUUGCGUCUAAAAAUGUCUCAACACACAAAGACAAGAGUUUGCGUGAUAGGUGCUGGAGCUUCGGGCUUGUGUGCUGCCAAAUUUUUAUCCUUGGAUCCAGAUUUUUUUGAGUUUACUGUGUUUGAAAGAAAUAACACCAUAGGCGGUACUUGGGUUUAUACGGAUGACACAGGCAACGACGAAUAUGGACUACCUAUUCAUACGAGCAUGUAUAAAAAUUUAAGAACAAACGUACCGAGAGAACUUAUGAAUUUUCCGGAUUAUGAGAAACUCGGAGGUGAUGAUGGGAUACAUUGUUGCGUGACCCAUGAAGACAUGUUGAAAUAUUUGAAUGAUUAUACGGACUUUUUUGAUUUACGGAAAUUCAUACAGUUCAACACAAUAGUUGAAAGAAUUAUUCCGGAAACUGGAGCUGGCGACUCGGCUACAACUUGGAAUGUGUCUGUCAAAAAUUUGAAAAAUAACGAGGUAUCAAAAUUAAAAUUUGACGCAGUGAUGGUUUGCAACGGACACUAUGCGGUUCCGUAUAUUCCUGCGAUACCCGGGAUAGAAACCUUUCCUGGUAAAGUACUACACAGUCAUUCUUAUAGAAGACCAGAAGAAUUUAGUGGUCAAAGAGUCACCGUAUUAGGUGGAUAUGUCUCUGGCAUUGAUAUAUCUUCAGAAAUAAGUCGUUAUGCAUCCGAAGUUUAUUUGAGUCACAAUAAGAACGAACUAAAAUGUGAAUUGCCAUCGAACGUUAAACAAGUUUCUGGAGUUCAGAAGAUUGACGGAAACAAACUCGUACUAAACGAUGGAGCAACAAUUAUUGCUGAUAGUUUAAUUUACUGUACAGGCUAUCUGUACACGUAUCCCUUUUUAGAUGGCAGUUGUAAUAUUGUAGUUGAUGACAACCACGUCACACCUUUGUACAAACAUUUGAUCAACAUUCAUCACCCUACAAUGUGUUUCAUUGGUUUGGCUAAUACUGUUUUGCCUUUCCUUUUUUUCCAUGUUCAGGUACAAUACUUCUUAUCCUCGUUAAAAGGAGUAGUAAAGCUGCCGCCUCGGGAUGUGAUGCUAGAGCAAUUGAAAUCCGAAGUAAUACCGAAGAAAAAAGAUUAUCAUAAAUUUGACUGCAAGCAGUGGGCUUAUUACAAAGAGUUGUCCAGAGAAGGACAGUUCGAACCACCAGCUAACUAUUAUAAAAAUGGCUUUGAAGCUUGGAAAAUUUUACGAGGCCAAUUCCCAGUGAAUAGCAAAUAUUUUAAAUUCGUGUUGUUAGAAGAUGGAGAGUCAGUAAAAUAUUUAAAACAAGAUGGUUCGGAUUUCCUCGAUUCAGAAAUGAAGAAAUGCGUUUUUCAAUGUUAAACAAUGUUUUAGUAAAUAUUUAAGAAAUCCACUGGUGAAAUGUUUGAUACUAAAGAAUAAUACGGCUUUUUUAUAGAUAUUUUUUAAUACUAAAAUAAUACAGUAUAAUAAUACCUGGUAUACCAAUUUAUUGCCUGUUUUUAUUAUUAUUUUUUUUUAUAUAAUGAAAAUGCUGUAAUGGUAAUCUGAAUAUAGAGUAAUCUUAUACCACCGAGUACUCACAUAUUUGUACAAUGAUUAAUCAAUAUCUUCGCAUGUCUCGUUCAAGUCGUCUGCGUGUUACUAGAAAAUGAAAAUUAGUAAAUAAAUUUGUGUUACUAUA